CUUCAGGUUCACCAUCGAGCGACGAGCCCAACGUGGUCUCGAGUAAUGAUGAUCUCCCGAGAAGAAGAGGAGGAUCAUCUUCUAGAAGGAGAUCUAGCAAUACAGGAGACGACGGAUCCUUUUGUUGUGCAUCUACGCAGUCCUGCAUGCAAGCUUCCUCGGACUUUUUCUGCGGAACAAACCGUGCCUACUGGGCCCCUUGCUCGAGCGGGCCGCGGACGGCCAAUGUGGUGAACACGGAGGAUGUGCAUAAGAACGAGCUGGUAAGCACACCAGUAUGCACUGCAAAUAUGUCUGGGUCUGGAAACUUGUAAUGCUAAAAAGGGAUGCUAGACGCACUGCAAUGCGCAGCUAUGCAUGACAAAUUUUCUGGCUGUCAUGUGUUACGUGUCCCGCACGGCAAACUGCGUUCUUGCAUGACAGGUAAGAGUCCCUUUUCGUGCCUAUGCAACACAGACACUCGAGUCAUGCCAGACAAGCAUGACAAACUUGCAUUCUUCCAGACCCAGACAUAUUUGCAUUUGAUAGCCGAUGAACUGGGUCAACACAAACGCGUAUUCGACCAUGCUGCAGAUGCUGGCCAGUUUUACUGCGUCAAGUGACGAAAUUCAAAUUACGGGAGCAGCACACUUUCAUUCUACUGUCGCAGGUGCUGGUUUGGCAGAGGUCCCCGGGCGGGUGGCACAGGCUGCACAGCGAGCUUCUGGUGUUGAGACUCGUAGAGGUACAUCUCGUGCUGCAACAAACGAGCUAGAAGAACAGGAUGCAGACAACGACAAACAACGCGAAGCUCAACAUCUUCGGAGUAGGGUGUUGGAGCUGUUUCAACAUCCAGUCACCCACGACGAUUUUCGGGAGACGAGGAAGCGAACGGCUGGUACGCCGCGGGAGGACCACGUCAGUUGUGAGGAAGAAAGUUUGGUGAGAGGUCAACAGCAGCAUCAGACACAAC